GUCAUACCAGGCUCAUAGAAAAAAGUGACAGAGCAUGGUUGGCUGACAGAUGAGCAAGAGAAAGAAAACCAGUCAUUAGAAAGAGAGGGGAGGGACAGACAGAGAGACAACGAGGAGGCGAGACUGGAAGACAGAGCUGUUCUUUUCCCUGAGCUGGGACUGCAUGUUGUCUUUGUGGCCAGUUUAACUUAUUAUUUACUUAAGCCAGGCCGUAAGUUGGCAGGGAUGGGUGAUCCAGCGACUCUGGUGGAGUCUGCCGCCUCUCCUGUCGUCACAGCCAUGCCCACGGUCAUUGCUGGGGAAAUUCAAGAUGGUACUAAAACCCAAUCAGCCAAUAAGAAUGGGAAGAAGGCAGACUCUGGGUCCAGCAGCAGCUUCUUUACCUGGUUCAUCGUCCUGGCUCUGCUGGGAGUCUGGACAUCUGUAGCUGUGGUCUACUUUGAUCUGGUUGACUAUCAGGGAGUCCUUGACAAGGCUAAGGGCUUACAAAUUAACCUGUCUGAGGCCUUGCAAGGUAAACUGGUGGCAUACGACACAGAUGGCGAUGGAGAUUUUGAUGUCGAGGAUGCUAAAGUCCUGCUAGGCUUGACCAGUGAGGGCGAUGGUCAGGGUGAAUCCGAGAUUCUGGAUUGGUUAGAAGAAGUGGAGGAGGGCGGCUCUGAUUGGUUAAACAGUUUCUUCACUUUCCUGUAUGGGCUGAUAAAUCCCCUGGAGCCCAUGGAGGAGGAAGAGCUCAGUGCCUCAGGAGAAGUUGUGGAAGCGCAGGAGGAGGAUGAGGGAGACGAGGAUGAAAGAGGAGUCAGAAGAAGAGGAGCAAGAGAUGAUGGGAAUCAGGGGCAGAAGAUCGUCAUAGUCGGCCUCCAUAAUCAGUAGCCUCAGGCCAACUGCAGCAGUCCAAUUAUCCUCUAAUGCAAAAGGCCUCAGCAUCCAGCAGCCCAAGCUACAGUUUCGGGGAAAACUGUUCUAUAGUAUUUUUUCUCCUUGCUUUUGCAGGUGUUGGCAACUUAACCCAGCCAGUAGUCUUGCCUCAUGCUCUGGGCCCGACCUGUCCCAGGUUUCACCUACUGUAAUCCUCAAAUAUUGUCAAACUUGACAAACGAGCUUCAUUCGUGUAUCAGCAGAAUCUUGAAAAAGUGAAAUCCUGUUUGGGGUUUUGGGUUUUCUACGAUGUCAAUUGCUCUGCUGCGAUAUGGACAUGAUACUCAGGAACACUUUUAUAAGUCCGCCCUUAAACAGUUUUUUUUUAGAAUCUCUUGAUACAUUCAAUAGAAAAUAUUUUCUGCACAGACAGGCUGGCAGCUGCCAGCCAUACAAAACAACACAGAAUACAAAGAUGAUUUGCACUUGGACAGCUGCUCAGUUGUCCCUUUAUGACAUUAAGCCUUUUCCUAUUGCUGCAUGCCAUAAAACUGAUCCUAAAAAGAUUCAGUCUGAACUCUUGGACUAUAAGCAUGAAUUUGUACUUUUUCAAAACCUCUGUCAAGUUUAAGGCUCCCUAGUUUUGUGUUGGAUCCAAUUUUUACCAGGUAUUAACAUGCAAUAAGUAUCUGGAUGAGGAAAAACAAGUUAUUGCAGGUAUAACUGCAGCCAAAACACAUUGCAGUUAAAAUCCUAUUUGAAUCUCAGUCAGAUCAUCUGUACAUCUACACAGUUGAGUCACAUUCCUAAGAAAAAUAAAUCUGGUCAACCUCC